AUGGCUUCAUCUACAUUACAGGCACAAUGUAAAGAAUGUCAAAAUGGAGUAGCCACAUGCAGUGGAUGCCGUAAACAGUACUGUAUAAAUCAUUUUCAGAAGCAUCGUCAAGAGCUAGCUGCACGAAUGGAUGAAGUUGGAGAAGAACAUGAUCUAUUGCAGCAAGAUCUCGAACGAGAAAAUAUGAUGUCUGAGCUCUUCUCUCGUAUUGAAAAUUGGAAGCAACAAUCGAUCAAACUGAUUGAAGAUACGGCUGAACAGGUUCGAGCAGAUCUACAAAAACACUUUCAUCGCACGAAACACUAUCUAAAGGAGUCCCUAGAGAAGCUGACUGAGAAGCUGAAAUCAAGCCAGUUAUCAAAUAAUUACGCAGAAAAACAACUUGAUGAAUGGAUGAGACAACUACUGCAAUUACGCCAGAUGCUGGAGAAACCAUCGACAAUCGAUAUUGUAGAGGACGAUACAACGCGUUCAUCGAUUCAUAUGAUCAAAGUGAUCGAUCGAUCCAUCAAUGAACAUGAUCGCAUGGUUAGAAAUAUGACAACACUGUCCAGUUCAUUACCAGCAGCUUCAGCAUCAAGUAAGUAA